AUCGUCAUCUUUGGGACGACGGGUUCAGGAAAGAGCUCCCUUAUCAACUUACUCUUGGGGAGCGAGCAAGCGCGCGCGUCUAAUGAUGCAAUAGGCUGCACAGCGACGAACGAUGAUUACCUUUUUUCAGUCGACAAGAGGAAAUAUAGGUUAUGGGAUACUCCUGGGCUUAACGAAGGCUCCGAGGGACUAGUCCCUGGAAAAGUGGCCCUCAAAAACCUGAAGUCUUUCGUCAAAGAACUCAUGCACGUCAAAAAUCGUGCACCUCUUUUCAUCCUUUGCAUUCAGGGAUCACAGGGUGUGAAAACCCAGCUGCGCCAUUACGACAGUCUCAAAUCUAUUAUCAGCGCCGCCCCCUUUGCCAUCGUAGUCACGGGUAUGGACACAUGCUCGUCAUGGCCUUGGAGCAAGUGGUGGGACGAGAACAGCAAGGUUCUCCAAUCGUUCAACGCGGCUAGCGUGGACCAUGCAUGCGUGUGUACG